AUGUCCGCGAAAAAGCCUUCCAACGGCGCAAAACAAAAUGCCAAUUCCGCGACCAAUGCCGCCGCCGGCGGUGCGCAACAGACUGCGAGACCACAAAGCCGCUCUCGCCGUGAGACUUCAGCUCAGCUCAUGGGGAGGAAUUCUAGGAAUAGCGCGGGCUUGCGGUCGGCUUCCCUCGCCGCCGACGCGUUUCCACAGUCUUUGGAACCUCCGCCCUACAUCGUGACUGAUGAAUACAUCCUCAAGAGAUAUGCUGGCAAUCCGCCGUCCCUCAUCGUGCAUAUGCACGCGACGCAUUUCAAGUUCGAUCAACAGGACGGUGUAUUUCCAUACAAGUCACCGAUGAAGCUGUUUCUAGAACAUUUGCGUGCGAGAACGGUGCCGCACGAAAUCUUGAUCCAGCUCACCCAGGCUGGCGUCACCUUUAUGAGGGAUGCCUUAUAG